CGCCGCAGCCUGAGUGCGUCGGCGUGCAUAAACUGGUUCUAUCUCCGGGAGACUCUCUGCGGCUAAGGCAGCUUUCAGAGCCGAAACCCGUUGGAGCACCCAUGGGGCUGGGUCCGCGCUCUCCCCAGAAGACAGGGCGCCGGUUCCCAGGUGGCGGCAAACGGCGGCGUGAGGCCAAGGGGUCGAGUCGCCCCCCGCCAAGCCGCGAGCCUGAACCCCGCCCCCCUCGGGACGGGGGCUCGGGGCCGGCUAUUAAUGCGCACCUCCACCUGAGCCCCGAAGCUUUGGGAUAUUUCCGCCGGGCGCUCUCGGCGCUGAAAGAGGCUCCCGAGACCGGGGAAGAACGAGAGCUAAUGGUGCAGAAUGUACUGAAGGAGGUAGAGGCUCAGGCCCUGGCUCUGGCCACAAACAGGUCUGGCAGUGAGAUGCUACAAGAACUGUUGGAGUUCAGUCCCUUGAAACCUCUGUGUCGAGUAUGGGCUGCCCUACGCCCCACCUUGCGCUUUGUGGCCUGUCAUCGGUGCGGGGUCCAUGUAUUGCAAAGUGCUCUGCUGCAGUUGCCUCGAUUGCUGGGGAGCCCUGCAGUGGAGGAGGAGGAGGAAGAGGAUGGAAAGGAUGGUCCUUUGGAGACCCUGGAGGAGCUGGUCCUGGGACUAGCAGCUGAGGUGUGUGAUGACUUUCUUUUCUACUGUGGAGACACAUAUGGCAGCUUCGUGGUCAGAACUCUGCUGCAAGUGUUAGGAGGUACUCUCCUGGAAUCUGAGAGAGCCAGGCCCCGUGGAUCCCAAUCAUCUGAAACGCGAAGGGCCCCGGCGUGGGAAUGUAAGCCAACUGAUUUUGAGGUCCCUGAAAUCUUCUUGAAUUGCCUUCAGGACUUGAGCUCUUGCUUUCUGAAGGACAUUGCUGUGUUUAUCACUGACAAAGUUUCCAGCUUCUGCUUUCAAGUGGCCUUACAGAUCUUACACCGCAAACUGCCCCAGCUUUGUGCCCAUCUCUGCAGUGCUGUGAUUGGCUAUCUGAGUGCUCGCAAUUCCUCAGCAGAUGGCAGUCCUCUACUUCUGUUUCUGCGGGAUCAGACGAGCUCCAGACUCCUGGAGCAGGUACUACUGGUGUUGGAGCCCCCAAGGCUCCAGAACCUCUUUGAGGAUCAUUUCCAGGGGCAGCUGCAGACCCUGGCUGCACAUCCCAUUGCCAACUUCCCUUUGCAGCGCCUGCUGGAUGCUAUCACAACCCCUGACCUGCUGUCCUCUGUGUUCGAGGAGCUAAGCCCUGCCCUGGAAGCUGUGCUGGCUCAGGGCCACCCAGGAGUAGUCGUCGCCCUGGUGGGGGCCUGCCGCAGAGUUGGGGCCCACCAAGCCCAGGUCCUGCAGCUGUUGUUGAAGGCAUUCCACUGUGCAGAGCCCUCAUCCCGGCAUGUGGCCUGUGUGCCUCUCUUUGCCACUUUGGUGGCUUAUGAGGUAUACUAUGGACUAGCAGAGGAGGAAGAAACAGCACCCUCGGAGCACCAGGUGGAAAUGGCCACAGCUAGGCCCCUGGGGGAAGUGACAGUCCCAGGGUCUCUACUGCUCCAGCAUCUGCUGCACUUCUCCACCCCUGGCCUUGUGCUUCGAAGUCUGGGUGCCUUGACGGGGCCACAGCUCCUGGCUCUGGCCCAGAAUCCUGCUGGCUCCCACGUGCUCGAUGCUGUUCUGACCAGCCCGUCUGUGACCCGCAAGCAGCGUCGCCGUUUGCUGCAGACUCUAAAGGGACAAUACGUGGCCCUGGCCUGUAGUCGCCAUGGCAGCCGUGUGCUAGAUGCCAUCUGGAGUGGAGCAGCCUUGGGAGCCCGGAAGGAAAUUGCUGCUGAGCUGGGAGAGCGGAACCAAGAGCUGAUAAGAGACCCUUUUGGCCACCAUGUGGCUCGAAACGUGGCCUUGACUACCUUCCUGAAGCAGCGAGAGGCUUGGGAACAGCAGCAGGGGGCAGUGGCCAAGCGGCGGCGGGUCCUGAACUCAAUACUUGAAGACUGAAGCCUUUGGACCUGGGACUGGGUGUUGAUGGGGGAGGGGGAAGGGGCGUGUCUAUCCCAUCUCUUUCCUGAUUUUAAUUGGAGUCAAAAGUCUUAUUGGUAAAUAUUUUUA